AUGUCACAUUCUACAGAUGAUAAUGUGAUCUGCACACAGCAAGAUGAGAACCAGCAUACAUCAGAUGAGAGCAGCAGUACCGAAGACAUACCAUCUUUAACAAAGGCACUGUCAGACGUGAAAAAAAAGAAAAAAAAGAUAAAAAAGAAGAUACAAAAGAAACUGUUCCAAUCACAUAAAAAUGCACUUCCAGAUGAUAAACUAGGAAAUGCUGACAGCUAUCAAGAAGAAAACUCCAACAAAAGUGUUGCAAUCCUUUUAGAAGAGACCAAAGACUUGAUCAGCCAACAAAGAUUUGCUGAAGCAAGCAGGCAUCUCAUUGAUUUAGAACAUAAAGUGUACAAUAACACAGAAGAUGAAGACCGAGAUGCAGACACUUUAAAAAAAGAACAAGCAGACGUCGAGUUGACAUAUGAAAUACUCUACAAAGAGGUCAUCACUACAUUGAAUGACAUGUUGAAUAUUGCACAGACAAACUCCAGUCUGCUUGAAAAUGCAGUGAACACAAUAGUUCAGGAAGAACAAGAAGAUGAAAACUGUGCAAAAGAUCAGGAAGGACAUAUGUCUGCUUCACCAUCAAGACCAAGGAAGUGGAAGGAAAAAUUCUUAACAUCUCUGAAUCGCAUUGUGAUUACAAGACUAAGUGAAGACCCAUGCCUCAUUUCAGGGAAUGAAAGACUUACAUCCUUUGCUCAGCAUUUCAAUUGUGUAGGAAGGAAGGUGAAACAGGACCUCAUUACAGUAGUAACUCAUGUCAAGAAAUGCUUUCCUCAAGACUAUGAUAUCUGCAAUGUUUUUGCCAGAUUCCUCCAUGACCAUUUCUCUUCUCAAAUGACAAAUAUAACAGAUUUUAUACUCCAAAAGAAAGAUAUUCAUUGUAUUUUGUGCUGGGUCCUUAACAUUUACCCAAAUGACAUUCUAAACAACCCUAUCCUGGUUAAUGAUGUACAUGGAAACGCACUUGGAAAACUUCUCCCUGAAAGCAAAACCCAAGAGUUAGAAGCCGAAUAUGUUUAUGAAGAGAUGCAUGAUGUAAUCAUAUGGCUACAGAAAAGUUUAAGCAUAGAAGAAGACAGAUGGAUAAAAGGAAACCUACCAGAACAACUUGACGGCUGCUACCACAGUGAACUCCCAAUUGAUGUUCUCCAGAAUUUUUAUGGAGCAAGAGACCGUGCAAAAGAAAUCAAACCUAAACUUGAGGAGACCAUGUCACAAUGUCUGUUGGCUGAAUUCUCACAAUUUCUAGAAAGGUACAAGAAGUCACUGGAUGAAUUUAAGGAAAAGUGCAGUCAUCAAGAAAAUUAUAUACCUGUUAUCAUCGCAAAUAUUAACAACUGCUUCCAGUUUAGGAAAUACCUUGAGCAAUGCAGUGCAGAUUCUAACAUGGAAGACAAAAGAAUAUCUUUGAAGAUUCUAAACAAUAUUGAAGAAAAUGGACUAAAACUGUUGGAGUCACUAUUAUCUCAGAAACUGAAGCAACAUUACAAAAAACUUGUAAAAGACAAGUGGCUUCAUGGGUCUGAAUCAAUGGAUAAUAUACUUACAAGUACGGAUGAUUACCUUCUGGACAUAAAAGGGCUAAAAGAGUCUUACUUUCAGAAUCUUCUGAGAAAAAUACAUUUGAAUAUAGUUGUGGAAUAUAUUCACAGGCUAAUGAAGAAGAAAGUGAGCUUUAAAUCACCAGUUCAACAACAGGAGAUGGCUGAUGAAAUUAUGCAGCAUGCUAGUGAGAUAAAAUGCUUAUUUGAAAAAUAUGGCUCUAAAGAAACAUUUUUAUAUGAAGCUCUCCUCAAACUUUCUGAAGUUAUUAGACUGCAAGAUGUAAGUGCAAUUCAAAUUGAAGUUGCCUGUCUGGCCAAUGUCUACAGAGAUAUCAGGAAAGAGCAUGUUACCGCUAUCUUAUACAUUAAGGCAAACUUGUCCAGAAGUGCAGAAAAAAGCAUUUUGAAGAUUCUGAAUGUUUCAAAAGAAGCUGUGUCUUCAGAUACUCAAGAACUAUUUUCCCAUAUUGCUGUCUCAUAGAGCCAUUCGUUUUUUAUGUGACUGAGAAAAGACUAAACGAUCUGAUGUAUUUUCAGACCUGUUGUUAAAGAUCCCUUAUACAGAACAGUGCACCGAGCUUGUGAGGAGUCAUUAAUAUGUUGAAAUAUUUCAUUUCCUAGACACUAAUUUUAAGAAGCAGAACUGGUCGUUUAAUGUCACCAUGCAUCAAGAGAACAACUGCAUGUGAUCAUUCUUUAAUGUUGCUUCCAAAUGAUUAGUGUAUUACAUGGGCUUUUACAGAAACUGUAUAAAAUAAGUCCUAAUUGUUCAUGAGCUCUGUAUUAUCAAGUCUGUCAGUGUUCAAAGCCCAGCUUGGUGGUACAAAGGUAUAAUGUCCUGACUACGGUCCAGGUAACCCAAGUUCAAGUACUUAUUCAGCUGCUGCAGGAGGUGAGUGGGCAAAUUAGAGUGAGCAGGUCUUGCUGCCUUGCCCACCCAAGGGGAAGGGAGAGGUCCACCAUUGCCCCGAUGCAAGUGAAAGCUUGCAUUUGCCCAUUGACUGUGGACCAUUGCAUAUUGACUAAGGUGGUAUCAGCUUGGUAUCUCAAGCAACUAAUGGCAGUUUUCAGGGGGCAUGUGUGUAGGAACAUACACAUACCAGGGGCUGGGUAUUGCACACCCCGUGGUGAUGCACUGUUGGCAUCAAUACUUCAGAGUCAGGAAGAGGUGAUAUAGAAAUGCCAUUAUAACCUGUGUCCAGAAUGCUAGAGCUACUGAUGGGGAUGGUAGUGCAGUGUAGUUCAUAUCAUGUGAAAAUGUAAGCAUGUUCUCUUAGGCCCGUUCUGGGGUAACAAUCCAGACUAGCCCAUGGCUAGGGGAUAAGGUUGCUGCCUCUGACAGCAGAAGUAGAUAUAAGGACAGAGGCUAGGGGAACAAAGCAUCAACAAUGCUGCCUGAAUUAUGAUCUACUGGACAACUCUCUCUUCUGGGAAGAGUAUACCCAGCAUAUAGGAAUUAAUGGCCUGUCUCAAUUUUGAUGGCUAGCAGGCAUGAUAGCAAAAAUCACCAGUAGAAUAUCUUUAAAUAGUGGUGUAGAUUACUGUAAGCUAUGCCAGGGGACUAUUAUAAGUUACCUUUAUAAAGGGCAUGUUAAAAUAUAUGGUGCACUUUAAUGAUCUUGCUAAACCAGUCCUUCAGUUUUAUGAACAGCCGUAACAAAGGAUACUAGUUUGUUUAUUGUAUACAAUCUGAUGCUGUUAAUGGUGUGGAUCGUCUGAUCCAAAGAUGUUUGUCAGCCAUGGCACAAGCCAUAGGCAACAAUGAUGGUAACAAAUGUUUACAAAUUAAUUAUAUUUGAAAAUGUUAGUAAAUAUCUUAAUGCAGAUAUUUACAUCGUGGAAAAUUAUAUCAGGUAUCCCUAAGUUAAGUCAGUAAGGAGCAUUGCUCCAUUACAGAAAGUUUAUAAUCCAAGAUUGUUGCUUUACAUACAAACUACAUUAUUAAUGGUACCAUAGGUAAACACAUUUGUAAGUAGAAAACACUUCUCUUCUCAUGUGAAAAAUAUUUAUCAGUGUUAGCUCUUGUAUUGCAAAAUAUUGCUGUUCUCUAUUUAUUUGUACAGGUAUCUGUUUUUUAUAAAAAUUCUGUAUUAUAUUUUAAAUAAAAAUACAUAUAUCUAAAUACUUUAAAACUGAAAUAAUACUCUAACAUCAGGAAAUAUUUUAUUUAUUGACACAAAUGUUAUGCCUUUAAGACAAUGUGGUGCUAUAUAUUUGCAACUCUAUAUGCAGAUACGUAAGAACUUAAACUUUGCCUAACAUUCAUUAAUGUGAGUAAAUAGUACCAGUGUAGGUUGUAUCCAUUAAGGGCAAAUAUGUUUUAGCAUGGAGAUAAAAUAUGUGUAUUCCGGAGAUAAUGAACUAGAGCCUUAAACAGAUGGAUAAAUGCAUAUAAGAGAAUACAUGUGCAUAGGUUAGGUACAGCUGUGAAAUUCAUAUACUAGUUAGCAUCAUGCGAAGGAUUAUUUGCCAUGGAAAUUAUUAGAACUGCAUCAAGACUUUCUACUAGUUAAUAUUUCCCAAAGUAGCAAGCAUUUUAAUAAUGUGAAAUUGAGUAGAUUUCUUUACUAUCUAAAGCUCUUGGUUCACUGUGGAUACUUCAAAAUUCUGCAACCCAUCGCAGUAAACAAAUGUUGGAAUUCAAGAACCCACCUAAGAUGGAAUACCAUUCCAGUCAAGUCUGAACUUUUUUUAGAAUUCUGUGGCACACUUUGAGAAAAAUUACCAUUGUCUGCUUGUAUAAUAAAUUUCAUUGUCAUGUUUAUUUUUAUCAUAACUGUUUAUAAAGAAUAAUGUUUACAGAUACAAUCUUUAAAAUUUGCUGUAUAUAAAGAUCUUCUGUUUGUUACUACACUUCAUGUUUGCCUGUUUGAUAGCUCACAUACACACUGCCAAUGUCCUUGUUUUCUACAGCCUCAGGCAACUUCUUUUUUUCCUGGACAUUUAUACAUUUUUGUAAUCCUGUGACAAGAGUAAAAUAUUAAAAUCAACUAUUUCUAAAGUAAA